AUGUCGCAGGAAGUCGUCGAUCAGACCGUUAUGGCGGAGAAGACCAAAAUGGAUUCGGACGGCAAGGAAGUCCAGUACCACGAACACGUCGACAUCAAGCCGCAGGGCAACGCCGUCAAUACCUUCCUGGUCGCCACCUGUACCAUCUUCGCCGCCGCUUCGUUCCUGUUCGGUUUCGAUGACAAGGUCAUCUCGCCCAUCGUCGCGCUCGAGCCUUUCGUCGACAAGUACCAGGGCCCCAACCCUACCACCGGCAAGCUCGUCUUCACGGCGCGCAACCAGAACCUGCUCUUCGCGGUGCCGCUGGUCGGCUCCAUCCUGGGCGCGCUGGCAGCGUACCCGCUCAACAACAAGUUCGGCCGCAAGUGGCCGUUGGUCGGCGCCUACUUCAUUUCGAUCGGUGGCUGCUUCCUGCAGCUCUUCGCCCCCAACCUCGCCGCCUUCAUCGCGGGCCGCUUCUGGAACGCCUUCGUCAUGGGCAUCGCCAACUCGACCGCACCCCUGUACCUCGGCGAGACGGUGCCGGUUUCCAUCCGUGGCCGUGUCGUCGCUAGUAUCAACAUCAUGAACCUGCUCGCCGGCGUCGUCGCGACGCUCGUCGUCUUCGGAACCCACACGCGCCUCGACAAGCUCUCGUACAUGGUGCCCCUCGCCGUCCAGUGCUGCCUGCCCGUCAUCCUCAUCCCGGUGACGGCCAUCCUGCCCGAGAGCCCGCAGUGGCUGAUCGGCCAGGGGCGCAUGGACGAGGCGUUUGCCUCCCUGCGCAAGCUGCGCGGCUACUCUGACGCCGAGGUCGCCGACGAGCUGCGCAUGAUGAAGCUGUGCGAGGAGAACGAGCGCAACCAAUCCAUGGAAGUCUCGUUCUGGGCCAUCUUCGACCGCAAGAACCUCAAGCGCACCAUCACCGCCGGCUCCUUCUUCUCGUUCAACCAGUGCUCCGGCGUCUUCCUCAGCACCACCUACGCUACGGUUUUCUUGGUCGACAUCGGCGUCGCGUCGCCCUUCGCCCUCACCAUCAUCGCGUCCUGCUGCACCCUCGCCGGCACCAUCGUCGCGCCGCUCCUCAUCGACCGCCUCGGCCGUCGUCCCCUCGCGCUCGCCGGUAUGGCUGUCUUGUUGGCCGUCGACAUCGCGGCGGGCGGCCUGGCCUUCGACAUGGGCGACAAGCAGAAGGUGCUCGGCAUCGCGGCUUUGUCCUUCAUCUUCAACUUCUUCUGGGCGUCGUCCUUCUACUCGCUGUCCAACGUCAUGCCCACCGAGAUCGCCACCAUCAAGCUGCGCUCGUACACCAUGUCGUACACGAUCGCGUGGGCGCAGACCACCGCCGUCAUCACGACCAUCGCCGUCCCGCAGCUGACGGCCGCCGACGGCGCUAACCUCGGCGCGAAGACGUAUCUGAUUUUCGCCGGGUGCAUGGUCGGCAUUAUUGCGUUUGUGUUCUUCCUCAUGCCCGAGACGAAGAAUAGGACGUUUGCCGAGAUUGAUGAGAUUUAUGAUGCGGGCGUGCCGAUGUGGAGGUGGGCUGAGUAUCAGACUACGACGGAGGCGAAGCAGGCGAAGGAUUUGGUUGUGCCUGAGGGGAAGGUUUUGGAGGAGUAA